UAGUAGGUAUGGGAGAAAAAUAAACUGUACAAACCUUAGUGUAAGAAAAGAUGUAUUAAAAAGUGUUUGACCGAAAGAAAAAUCUAUAUUUGGUUUUAUGUUGUAACUUUUAAGCUUAAUGAAAACUACACAUGUUUUGCACCGUUAUUAUCGUUAGUAUUAAGAAAGUAUAUUGUGUUGUUGAUGUAUUACAAGCGGCUGUAGUUUGCCAUUUCCGAGAUGCUUAAAAAAUGUGUGUGUGUGUGUGUGUGCGUGUGUGUGUGUGAAGCAGUCUGCUUGUGUUGACUGCAGUGACGCCAUUUUGAUAGUGCAUGGUGUAGUAACUGCACACACACACACACACACACACAUACAGGGGUCACGUAGACAUUGCUCUUACCAAUUCUGUCUUUCCUCACUCCACUUGUACUAUUAAGCUUUUCUCUUCACCACCAUCGCCACUUCUACUGUCUCUAACACGGGUCUUUCCUUCUUUUCUUCACUUGCAUACACACAUUUGAUGAUUAUCCGUGCCAAACAGAGCAGUAGGGACAAAGAAAGGGCAAGGAAAGUUACUUGGACAAUCAAAGUAGGAUAGGGAUAGAGGCAACACACACACACAUACACACACACACUGCUCUAGACAGGCACGAUAUCAGGUUCCAUGGCAGUGACCUCUGCUACUGAUGCGCUUCCCCAGCUCCGGUCUCCCCCCGUUGUUCCGUUUGGACGUGAAGAUAUGUUGUUAUUUCUCCUACGAUGGUGCAUUUGGACAGAUUUACAGUAACUGAACAGCACUGAACUGUUAAGAAGGAACAUCAUCCUUCCUGCGAAUUCAGGUAUAUAUUUCAUGGAUCAAAGCAAUAUUGGUUUUUGCUCUACCUGUGUCAGUGCCUCAGAAAAUAGUUGACAUCCUGCUGGAAUACACGAUAUUAAUUAUGCGAUUUUCCUUCGUGCGAUAUCAGUUUAAUAUGCAUAAGUUAGUGUUGCAAAAGUGGAGACUCCACACACACACACACACACACACACACUUUCCCUCCUAGAUUAGACUUACCUUUAGGAUUAAUGUUAAGUUUUUCCCCACCCCCUAUGUACAUUUUCAGUUUGUUAACUGCCUAAAUAAUAAACCGUUUAUUAUUAUUAUUACUUAUCAGUGCUGUGAUCAAACUAUUACUGUGAUACUUACUUUAUUCCCUCACCUAAGUACUAAUUACAAGAAAAACUUGUCCAAAGUCGCAACAGACUUAGUUUAUGAUGUACACCACUAGCAUCAGGCAUGUAAGACAUCUGUUGUACACGUCUAGGAAAAUGUAAAACUGAGAGCAAAAAGAAAAAAAAAAAAAAAAAUGGCUUGGAGCAACAGGUUGGCAGACAAGGCGAAGGUCAGCAGGCCGGCCGAUGCCUCCUCGUUAUUGCAUGGUGUGUGUGCCUCGCCUCUCCCUCUCUGCUGCAUUAUUGGGGGUUACUUCAGCACAAACAGUGGCUGGCAACCUCACUGAUGGGCUCAAGUAAACUUCUUAACACCCAGGCGCGGUGGGUGAAUGGCAGAGUGCAAUAUCAGGUGCACGGGUGUGUUUUUGCUGCGACGUGAUAUUAUCAUUCUGUGUGAGGCUUCAUGUUUCUUCAGUUGCACGAGUUCGUUAUAUACCAGAUAUGAAACUUAUGACAAAUAAAAACAUUGGAAGCAAGUCUGAUGUGCAUAUAAUGCACCCUAUUCAAAUUAUUAUAAGACGGAAGUUAAGUUGAAAGUGUUUGCAUGGAAAGCUUUGAAUUUUUAUAAUUAUGACCCAGGAUGUUAUAUGUUGAUAAAUCUAGCAGACCAAUCCAAAACAUGACACAAAAUAAAUAAAAUAAAUAAAUAAAAAUAAUGAUCGCACUAUACUCACAAAUACAACAAACAAGUAAUAACAUAAGCAAACACACGUAGCAAACACAUGUAAGGCAACACAGGAAACACAAGGCUAUGAAAAUACCCACCACGGCUCACCACACGUAUGCAAAAUCGAAGGAAAUAAAAAGCAGUGAGGCACGGCAGGGUAGCGGGCGACCCACGUGUCAGCUGAGGUGAUGGAUGGCCGCCGCGAAUGUAAACAAAUGUAAACAAGAGGGUGUGGCACCAUGGUGUGUGGUGGCUGGUGUGGCAGCUGGGAUGGGGAGCAACACAACCUGCAGGAAAGGGAGGCCUCUCCUCGAGGUGCAUCCUCCUGCAAGGCUGGCCAAAACACUCCUUUGCCCUCAUGGGAUCAAGAUGUCCCUGCACCAGAACUGCCAUACCUGAUGGCAGCCCUGCUGGUGGGUCUGUGUGCUGGAUUGUGUUUUGUAAACUCCCUUUUUGGGGACUUUGUCUUUGAUGACUCUGAGGCAAUAGUCAACAACAAUGACAUUCGUGGAGAAACGCCGCUCAGCAACCUGUUCCAUAAUGACUUCUGGGGCACCCGCCUUACCCAUCCCUCCAGCCACAAGUCCUACCGUCCCCUCACUGUUCUCUCCUUUAGAAUCAACUACUCCUGGGGUGCUCUGGAUCCCUUUAGCUACCAUGCUGUCAACAUUGUGCUGCACUGCCUUGUCAGCAUCAUGAGUCUACGUGUCUUCUAUGUGGUGUUUGGCAGCCGAGCGCCGAGGGCUGCUGUGUUAGCUGCCAUUCUGUUUGCCACACACCCAAUCCACACAGAGGCAGUUUCAGGAAUUGUGGGAAGAGCAGACCUGUUGUGUGCCCUGUUUGUGUUCGUUGCCUUCCUGAGUUAUGUGAGGGCUGUCAAGCAGGCAUCUGAAGAGGCCGCAAACAGAAAGCAGUCUUGUCGCUGGCUUAGGAGGUGUGGCCAGAGCAACGUGUACCUGAUGCUGACGGCUGCUGCCACUGCCACUGCCAUGCUCUGUAAGGAAGUUGGCAUCACUGCACUGGGCGUGUGCAGUGCAUACGACAUCAUCCUGGCACAUGGGGGAGUGAUUGGACGCACUGUCAUCCUCCUGGUUCUUGGCCACAGCACCAGAGCAGUCUCAUCAUGGAGGAGCAUCCCAGAUGGUGUAGUGCGUCGGAUGGUGUGGCGUCAUGUGGUGCUGAUGGUGACGGGUGUGGGCCUGCUGGUGGCACGCUGGGUAGUCAUGGGGUCCACUGUUCCCAGGUUCAUGAAGGUGGACAACCCCGCCUCCUUCCUGGAUAGUGUGGUGUUCAGGAGCUUGAAUUAUCAGUACACCUACAGUAUGAAUGCUCUGCUGCUGAUCCUCCCAAUCUGGCUGUGCUUUGACUGGUCAAUGGGCUGUGUGCCAGUCAUUGUAAACUUCAGUGAUCCAAGACUGCUGACUCUUCCAGUUCUCUGGGUUUCAUUUGUAAUGUUGCUGAGGCGAGGAAUGGCACAGGGCAGAGGAAGUCAGACAUCUAGAUUUGUGUUGAUGGGGCUGGCCAUGGGCAUUGUGCCAUUCCUGCCCGCCACAAACCUGUUCUUCCGGGUGGGGUUUGUCAUAGCAGAGCGUGUGCUGUACCUGCCGGUGGUUGGUGUGUGCAUCCUGGUGGUGACUGGCAUGAGGGAGCUGUGUCUGGCGGGCCAUCUUGGCAGGAGGGUCAUCCAGGCUGGCUACCUGGUGCUGGUGGUGGUGUUCAUUCUCCGCUGCCAACAGAGAAGUCGUGAGUGGCUGACUGAGAAGCAGCUUUUCAACUCUGGCCUUGAUGUGUGUCCGCUAAAUGCCAAGGUUCACUACAACAUUGGGAAAGUGGCUGCUGAUGCUGGGGAUGUGAUGGAGGCGGUAAGACGAUACAGAGAAGCACUGAGGCUCAACCCAGACUAUGACCAGGCCAUGAACAACUUGGCCAAUAUCCUUAAGGACCAAGGUCAUCUGGAUGAAGCCCUUCACCUGCUGCAGCAAGCCACCACACUUCGGCCAGACUUUGCAGCUGCCUGGAUGAACCUGGGCAUUGUCCAGGCCUCACUAGGAGACCACGGCUCUGCAGAGAACAGUUACCUCACUGCCCUCUCCCACAGAUCAGUAUACCCAGACUGUUUGUACAACCUGGGGAACCUGUAUUUGGAGAAAGGGGACCACCAGGCAGCACUAGCAACCUGGACCAAUGCCACCACUCUCAAGCCCUCCCUCGCAGUGGCCUGGACCAACAUGCUCAUCCUUCUUGAUUCCCAGGGACUCUACCAGCCAGCCAUUGACAUUGCAGACCAAGCACUGAAACAUCUACCAAAUGAACCAGCACUGCACUUCAAUCUGGCCAACACGCUGGGCAAGCUGAAUCGCUACCAGGAGUCAGAGUCACACUUCCUGCUAGCCACCACAUUGGAUCCUACUAAUGCCAACUACUGGGCUAAUCUGGGAGUGCUGUACCACCGCUGGCGGAAGUAUGAGCAAGCACAGCAGUCCUACGUGCACGCCCUGCGCCUCAACCCUACCUUGCGGAGUGCCCAGGACAACUUGAGUAUGCUGCUCAAGGCGACUGGUAAGAUAACCAGAUAGCAGGACGCAGCAGUGGUGGCAGCUGCAGAAGGGAAGUGGUGAGGGACUGUUCUUUCUCUCCCUCUUCUGUUUCUUAAUUUCUUAUUUAUCUUUUCAAUGCUUUAAGUGGGUUUUUUCUUCUUUAAAUUGAAACAAGUUUGUAAAAAUUUCCACACAUUUCUUUUGUUGUUAAUUGUUUGUGUUUUUCUGUUGAGUAUGGAAUAUUUUCAAAAAUGAAUUUUCUGAUAUUUUUUUUCAUCUUUUAGUACUGUGCUACACAGUCUUGUUUUAGAUGAGUAUCAGAGUCACACCUCAGUAUUUAUUUUGUUGAAUAGGUUUUCUUAGAUAUUUAGUAAAUGAAGAAGAAUGAGAGGUUGGAAGCUUUCAUGCUUGCUGAGCAUCACUGUAGCAUGUCAUGUGGUUAGGAGUGGAUGGUUUGAGUAAGGGCAGUGGUGUUCAGCUUAACAUUUGAAUAACACAGAAGCAGGCAUAAAGACACCCAAGUUUGUAGCAAUUACCAACAAAGAUAGAGGAAUAGGAGAAAUUUGGCCUUCUUGAUGCAAUAAGUUAGGUACUUUAUUACCUUUCUUAGAGGAACAAAGAUUUGCACUGGACAGAGUUUUGUGAAUUGGUAUAGAAGUUUGGUCUUUGUUUUGCAUGUGUUAUACUCUUAAUUAUUCUAACAAACCUUUUAUUAAUGCAUUGGCAGCUUUAUAUUUUGUACUAAUUACCUUUUUUUUUCUUUUAUAAGAAAGAAAUAUAUCAGGGUAACCAUCCACAGUGUUCAUGGUUAUUACUGGUGAGGUGGGAUAUUACAGCUUGCACUGUAAUUACAAAGCAAAAGCAGCUCACUGUUCAAGUUGCUGUGUAGAAUGUGUGGGAAAAGGAAGGGCAUAUGGAACAAUGCUCUUGAUAGUGGUGAUGCACCCCUGUCAUGCCCAAGGGAAACCUUGUAGCAAGAUGCAAUAUGAUGUAGUACCUGUGUGCCAAGUCACCAGUGAGAAUGAGUGGCCAUAUUCUAGUGUUACUUUUUUGUUGUUUUCAGAUGUUAAUGCACCAAAGCACAGUAAUGUUUAUGCUGUGACUUAUUGCUAUGAUUCUCAUUUGAGUGUUUAUUUAAUGUUGAUUCUGUUAUUGGUUUUCAUAGAGCAUAUCAGGGAAACAAUUUCUGGUGUAAAGCCAUUAUAAGGAGUCAUAUGUAAAUGUAGUACAUUUGUGAUCCUAGAACUUUGAAGUAUUGAUUCUGUUGCAGAAAAAAAAAACAACAACUUCCUAUGAUGGAUAAUGGAGCAGAUUAUUUACAUGGAUUAACAAUAUUGUUGAAUUUUGAAUUUAUAAAUUGAAGGCAGAAGUUAAAUGGAAGUGAAUGGUUGUGUAAGGAGAUGAGCAUGACUAGGUGAAAAGAGAUGGACACAUGGUGUGUAGCUGUAGGGGAAGGAUGAGGAUUGUGUGGAAGAUAAAAAACAAAUUGAGUGAAAGCAAUGUAAAGGACAAAAUUGAGUGGGAAAGAGAGAUAGGACUGAAAUGAAUAAGAAAAUGUUUCAGAAUUAAGUGAAGAUGAUGUAAAAGGAAUUGAAGAGAAAGACAGUGGAAGUAAAUAAUAGUAGGGUGCUACUUAGGAGGUUUGCUGUAAGGAAAAGAUGGACUGAGUAUUUUGAAAGGUUACUGAAUGUAGAGGAAGAUUAAGAGCCUAAGAAUGCCAUAACGGGAAGUGAGUGAGGAAUUAUUGUGUUAUGAGAGUUAAAUGAGUCACUGAACACAAGGGAGGAAGUGAGGGAGAAGGAAGCAGGAAGCAGGUAAGGCUAAAAGUGUGCAUUGAUGUGUAGUAGAAUGCUUGAAAAUACAUUGUUUGUGGUUAGUAGGUCUGGUAAAUGUGUCAUAACAGUAUGAGGCAAAUGGACAGGGCAAAUGUAUGUGCAUGUGUGUGUAUUUUACCCAUAUAUAAAGAUAAGAAUGAAAAGUAUGACUGUAGUAGUGCUAGGGAUAAAAAGUCUACCAAGUAUUGUAGGUAAGGUGUAUGGCAAUGGUGAUGAAGAGGAUUAAAGAUAGGUAUAUGUAAUGAGCAGUGUGGUUUUAGAAGAGAGGGGCAGGGAGUGCAUGGACCAGGUGUUGGCUCUCAGCUAUCUGAAAAAGUGGAAGGAGAGAAUGUAUUUUAGAUGUUUGUGAAUUCAGAGAAAGUACAUCUCAGAAUUAAUUGGAAGGAAUUGUGAACUUGUUUUUUGGAGGAAUUAUAUGAAGGUUGGUGGAUUAUUAAAAGGAGUGAGAAGGCUUUAUAUAACUUUCCAUGCACUCAUUUACUAGAGACAAGUUAUCUUAAAUCUGUUUUGUUUGGUCCUCACAUGGAAGGAGUGUGUUCCGUAAAGCUUGUGUGUCUGGCAUCACUGUAAGUCUUCUGGAGAAACUCUUCACACCAACUAAGUCCCCAGGUAAUGUGAUAGAUGAAGCAGAGGUAAGCAAAAUUUGGGCAUUAUCAUCAUCACAUCAUUCCAAGUGCAGACAAAGAAAUUCAUAAAGAAAAGGCAUAUUGGUGCUCUGAAUUUAAUAUGGAUAUGCAUUUGUAUUUUUCUAAUUGCAUCAUUCAUUCCUCACUCAUUGUACUUAAGAUCUAGGUAACUGAAUGCUCAUUUUCUACUCUCACUUAAAGAAUUCUCAUCAGGUAGGAAGCUUGUUCUUUGUGCAUCACCCUCACAAUAGAGUGGUUCGGGUGGCAGGCAGUGUAUCUUGUUGGCUCGUAACUUGCUGGACACAUGACUGACAAGAUUCUGUUGUAGGGGAAUAUCGGAUUUCAAGCAGUGUUUUAUUUUCUUUUCCUUUUGAUACUGACAAAUUUCAUCUUAAGUGUGGUGUCUUAAAAUGACUAAUUAUCUGUACAGUAUAUAACCGCCAUUAGUUUGUUAAAUGUUAUGUAGGUAGGUGCCAACUUUUAGGUUAAACUAACACCUAUUUAUGUGAGAGUGGGUGCCAAUUUUUAGGGUAAGUGAGUACCAAGUGUUGGAGGUGUGGGUGGGUGAAGUGGUGGAGGGGUGGCUGGUACUGUCACUGCCUCUCCACAUGGGUGCUGAUGCCACUGCCAAUAGAGUCUACCACAACCACAGCUAAAUAUGGUAAGAAAGAGACAAAAAUCAUCAGAACUCAUUAAGAUUAUACUUUAGAAAAUCAUUGUUAAAAUUUACAUUAAAGUGCAGUUAAUCAUAUCUUAAUUGUCCUAUGUGCUUAAACUGUUGUGGAUCCUGCUCUAGUUAAACUCCAACCCAAAGUUUGUUGAAGAAUUGGUAUCUUUGCAUUAUUGUCAUGCCAUGUAACUGGACAAUAACAUUCUCAGCAUCAGUAAACUAGGUGGUGGUAUUUU